GCUAACUGUCACUCACCUGGUGUUUUAAAUCAUGGUCUUAAAAUCAGUAAUAACUACACGCACGGAAAAACAGUUCGAUACUCUUGUAACCUUGGGUACACACUUGAGGGCGAGGCUGAACUGACUUGUGUAAAUGGAAGAUGGAACACUGCCAUUCCCAAGUGUAAAGGUAAGCGUUCAUUCUUGUUUUCCAAAAUUUAAGCUUGCGUUGAUUUUUAUUUGCAACUUUUCAAAUAUGACGUGGGAAAUUUCGGUAAUGGCUGCAAAGUGAAUUAAGUAGCCCGCAACUUUGAACUGUUAAGAGCAGGAUUAACUCGAUCGUGUGCGUCUAUUCAAGUAGUGCAGGCCAAAGCUUUUCUUAAUACCCUGAAAUCUUCAUUUCUUGUAUUAUUUUAUUAUAUGUAAUCGACAAAGGCAAAAAAUUAACCACCCUUUACUUAUUAUAGCUGUUGAGUGUGGUGAUCCUGGCAAACCAACAAACGGAAAGCAGAUUGUCAACAAAGGCUACGUCUAUGGCGGAUCAGUCAAGUUUGUAUGUGACAAGAAUUACACUCUAGUGGGGACUGAUGUUAUAUAUUGUCAAGCUAAUAGGAGUUGGAGUUCCUCUGUUCCACGCUGCGUAGGUAAGUGCCAUAGGUGUGAUAGAAUUAAGGGGAAUAAUAGACACUAGUCUCACUUGAUGUUUCUACUACUCCUUAAAAUUCCGAGGCAUAGUUUGAUUAAAUUGUCGACGAAACAUAAUUUCUGUAAUUUAGGGGUAGGAAAUUAAUAAAAGCUUUUCAUCAAUCCGUAAACUAAAUAAUUGUUGAACAAUUAAAUUUAGCGAACUCGUACUGCAGAAUCGAAACUAUUCAGUCGAGAUUUUUUUUAAGGAAUUUGAGCCGUAAAGAAAACUUUCAUAUGCUGAAAUUGCUUCUUUUGUUAAACUUAGUUUGUUCAUCUGUUUUCAAUUAAGCUACCUGUCGAUCGCCUGGUGAUAUAACCCAUGGCCUUAAAAUUGGUAAUAACUACACGCACGGAAAAACAGUUCGAUACUCUUGUAACCUUGGGUACACACUUGAAGGCAAGGCUGAACUGACUUGUGAAGAGGGAAUAUGGAACAGUGAUACUCCAAAGUGCAAAGGUAAAAUAUUAUUUUGGGUUUCCAGAUAGCUUGCGCUGAUUUUGAAACUUGAAGUUAUUUUCAUUUUAUAUAAUGUCUAGGAGGUUUGAAUUUACAAGGGCAAAUUGCGUGUCUCUUUUAAUUAUAAUUUUGCGCAGGACAUCCCACCACAACUUUCAAAAAAAAUAGCCAGUGACAAAUUUUUGAUGAACAGCAAAAUGAGUUAGCACGCAAUUUUGGACCUUUAUAAAUAAUAAUAACGAUAAUAAUAACAAUUGGAUUUGGAUUGGCUCCAAAAAAGUACUUUGAAUUAAGAAAGAGACUGAAUGCCGAUGUGUCGCCUAUGUGGCGAAAGGGAGGAAACGAUCAGUCAUAUAGCAACCGAAUGCAAGAAAUUAGCUCAAAAGCAUUAUAAGAACUGGAGGCACGAUCAGGUUGCUAAAGUUGUUCUUGGAAACUCUGCCAAAAUUACUAUCCGCAGGUGUAACGAAACUUGGUACGAUUAUUCCCCAUUUAUUGCAUCUCUCAGUUUCUAGCUCUUUGUUUGUUUGUUUGUUUUUUUCCUUUUGGAAUUCUCUUUUAAAUGCAGUUUUCAGUUUUCCCCCUUAUCUCGUGCAUGGAAUUUUGGCUGGCUAAGUUUUCUGGAAAUUGACAAAUGUAGCCGUCAAAAUGUAGUAGGUAAACAACGAAAUUGGCGGUGGAUUUUUCCUCAAAAUGAUACUUUUUUUGUGAGGACUGGUCAUAGUAUCCAAGUAUUGAGUAUCGAUGGAGCGCGCGAUCUAUCCUUGCUGACUUUGUUUCUUGCCAAUUUAUUAGUUUAAACUGAAGGCUAACUUGGUCCAGGAAGAAAAAUAUGCAGUUCCACAUGAACGAAAACUACCAAAGCCGUCGUCAAAGGGUUAAGAACUUAGUUUCUCUGCAAUUAUUAUUAUUAUAGCUGUUGAGUGCGGUGAUCCUGGAAAACCCAUCAAUGGAAAGCAGAUUGUCAAGAAUGGUUACGUCUAUGGUGGAUCAGUCAAGUUUGUUUGUGACAAGAAUUACACUCUAGUGGGGACUGAUGUUAUGCAUUGUCAAGCUAAUAGGAGUUGGAGUUCCCCUGUUCCAAAUUGCUUAGGUAAGUUUUAUUUAUUUUAUUUUGUCCAAUACUUCUUAGAGUCAAAACAAGAGUUAGUGUCAUUUCAUGGUCGUAAAAAUAAUUUUUAGGUAAAUUAACACUAGGAAUAUUGUAGUUUUCCUUUUUGUUAGUUCAAUAACCACACAGCAGUUCAAUAAGUACACAACAGAUCAAUAACCACACCAAUAGUUGAAUGACCACACAUUAGUUCAUUGAGCGUAAACUACAUGUAGCUGCGGGAAAAAUAGCCACAAAUACGUUACUUAUUUUUUAAUAAGAAUGCAUAGCAUUAAGUAAGAGGUAAAUACUCAUUUAGCUAUGGUACGAGAACUAAAUAGAUAAAUAGCUAUGUUACACUGUUAUUAAGUUGUAGUGAGCUCACUAAUAUAGACGGGAACAUAGACUGAUAUUAGUUUAAAAAUUUUAGUCUGCUCAGAAGGUCUGUCAUUCUCAUCAGGGGCACAGUGAACAGACCUGGAAAGAGAGUCAGCGCCGGAAAGGGAAAGCCAACUCGGUCCGGAGAAAACUUCAACUAAAUAACCCAACAAAGCGCGCGUUGAUAAAGUAGAAAAAAAUAAAACAGUUAACGGUGGAUGAAACCUUGUUUUUUGAAUCUCUUUCCGCACGUUUCAAACCGUGGCACCACAGCUGGCCCUACGUGCCUGAGUCGACUACCAUCAAUCCAUGUUUAAAAAUAGUUAUUUUUUACCGUACAAGCCCUGAACUUCCAACUCUCUUGGUUGUUUCAAACUUGAAAGGCCGCUGCUCGUUUCCUGACCAUAUUUCAAAAAUCUGCGUUCGAUACGAUAAUAAGACAACACUUAUCAGGUUGACGCCAUUGCCAAAAUACUUUCUCCUUUUCUAGCUUUCUAAGAGUGGGGGACGUCGGAGGCUCCUUAGCCUGCGUGGAGACGCCCCGUUCCCUCAAAAAAAAAAGAAAAAAAAAAUUGGGGAGAGAGACGUAUCUCACGCCGAUGCUAAUCGUGUUCUGCUUUUCGAAGGAUGCAUCGCGGGAAAAGCCUCUGAUUGGUUGUCAUGUUAAUGCCGGGGACCGUAAGUUAUUUGAAUUCGGUGUUGUGACUGGUGAAUGAACUCCCCGAGAAAAACCUCAGCCUUUACGGACAUCUUACUGCUGCACAAAUUGUGGGUACAUAUGUUCUUUACCGAAAAGGACGUAAAGAGAAGGAAGUAACGAAUUCAACGCUUACUGAUCACUCUUAGUCAGAGAUCUUAAAACUAGAUUUCAGCGUGGAAGUUGAAAAAAUCGGCUUGCUUGUUCCGUUCAUUUCUGGUAAAUGUUAGCGGAAAUACAGAAUUGCUCUAAUUUUAAAUGAAUAGAAAUGAACUAUUCGAUUCUUUGGGUAUGUAAACUUUGAUAAACCGCUUUAGUCUGGAAUACUAGCCGCUUUUUGGAAAAUCGAGCCUAUAAACUGCUUCCGAGAUCGGAACCAGAAACCACAGGACAUCGAUGUACAGGUAAACAGACCGGCUUCAUGACUUCCCAGUGUAAGACGAAAGAACAUGUGUCAGAAUUUUUCGAAGCAUUAUGUACCCAUUUUUGUAAAGAAAAAAAGUCCUAGGCAUAUAAUUGACAUUUUAGCUAGAUAUUCUAUUUACAGCCGCUUUCUAAUAAAGGCCUAUAAAGAUUGAAAAAAAAAAAUGCGUACGUGCUGUGCAACAGUCUUGUUGGUCCGUCGACACCUUUUCAACUGUUAAAGGAAGAACAACGAAAUAAUUUGUACAAACGUAUACCGAAACACGAUUUAUGUCGGCAUGACACAGACGUCUUUCUCCCCGACGGAGAGGGCUUCUGUGAACAGGCUAGAGGUGCCCUUCUAUCACUUUGAAACCGAUCAUGAUACGGCCAGCAAAAUUGCUCAUAAGAUAUUCAUCAUUUUCAACGUCUUGAUACAAUUAACGCAAUGUGACGUACUUAUGACAUUGCUGAAUUAGAAGCAGAACCCAAAUUCACCAAUUUUAUCCCUAAAAAGUAACCAUAAAGCGAAAAAUACUUAAAUAGUGGGCUGCCUGAAAAAGUUAUGAUCACUGCAUCUUGUCGAAUUCAGCCGUGUUGUUUAUUCUUGUGAUUAGUUUUUUCAGGAUGUCCCCCUGUUGGGAUAAUGGACACCAACAAGAUUCCAGAUAACAGAAUGACGGCAAGUUCAAGUUAUCGAAUGUCAGAGCUACCACACUACGGUCGACUGAAUGAAACCAGGCAAAACGGGGCGUGGUGUCCGAAAAGUAGAAACAAUUCGGAGUAUCUCCAGGUGGAUAUGGGUACAGUGUACUAUGUAUGUGCAGUGGAAACGCAAGGACGAGCAGCAGACUAUGAGUGGGUCACUGCUUACAUAUUACGUUUUUCUUUAGAUGGAAUCAUCUGGAACUCUUAUUAUGAAAACAACGUCGAAAAGGUGAGCAAAUUAGAUUUUUGGUGAUUUGGAUCUGAAAUGUUAUUAUCAGCCAGAUACAGGAAAAAAAUUGUUAAGUUAGUAUGUGUAAUCAAAUGGCGACGAAUGAAAUUAGGGAAUAAUUUCAAUUCACGCGCGUUUUUUCCAAAUCCUUAUAAUUUAUUAGGAUUUGGACAAAACGCAAGUGAAAUUAUUCCCUAAUUUCACGAGUAUACCAUUUGAUUACCUAUCAAUAUCAUGGGUGACGAAUUACGUUAGCAAUCUUAGAUUUUGGACAUGUUUAUCCUGGAUCGUAUUGAUCGAGAACUCCAUGCACUCUCUCGAACGUUUAGAGCUUACAUUUGGCUUAAGUUCAGAGUUUUUGACAAAAUACCUGUUAGAAUCCUUCUUGAUGUGCUCUUUCGUGCGUUCAGGUUUUCUAAAGCGUCUUUUUAUGCCCUGGCAUCUUCAUUCAUGACAUUUUAAAACUUCGUCGCCAUCUUGACACUGAGACUUACGGAAGGUUGCCACGGCAAUUUUGUGAUUUCACAUGUGAAAUUACAAAUUAUCGCUGAAAUUUCGCGUUAAAAUUAAAGAGUAAUUCGUUACCCAUGAUAUUAUUGCAGUAACUGCCUAUGAAUUUCCACUCUUCAGCUCUCUUGCAAUUCAAGGGUUCUAUGAAAGGCGGAGGGGAUAUUUAAUUUAGAUUAAAGAGCCUAAGAAUUGAUGGCCUUGAUCCAGGAGUAAACUUUAUUUUAAGUUCAAGAAAUAUGUAUCCUCUUAGAAACUCUCAGCAGAAGGACUUUCGAUUUAGCCUUUGAUCUAGCCCUCUCUCUGUUUGCUCAAUAAUUAACGAUAUUAGAGCGAAAAUUUUCCCAAAAGGAAGGCCCAAACACUGCAUUUGAGAAUUCUUUAAAUUGAAACAUGUAACCGAUCCUAGUUCAUCAAAUCACUGUUCCUUUCACAAUACACCACGGAAUAAUAACCAUGAAACAACACAGCCGUAAGGCUUAGCAAAUUCCCCAUUUCAUUCCCCAUCUCAUUGACCAUUAAAGGGUAAACAAGAUCAGCUAAAAUUAUAAGGCAUUCUGAUUUAUAGCUGAGUUCGAAACAUCCGUCACGCACAAUCAAGGCACUGAUCAAGGUUACGGGAGGAUCCAUCAUACUUAAGGACUCACGGGGUGGAGCCAUUAAUCAAAGAGUCGCAUCUUUGUUCCUACGUGAAUUGGUUAAUGUACCUUAAAAUGUGUUGUUUAAACGGUCAAUUAUCGAGCUUGGGCAGCCUUUGAACUAUGCUUAGCCAGUCGAAGUUUUGCUUUAAUUGUAUUGGGUUGAAAUAAGCAUUAGUAUCGUUUACAGGUCUAUACCCUUUGAAUUUAGAUGACGCUAAGGUAAAUGUAACUUGUUUUGCGUCGAUUUCCACGUUUCUAAGGUGUUUAAUUAAUUGCUGAAACCUAGAGUAAUAGUUGACGUUCUUCAUUUCCAGGUGUUCUCAGGAAACAGAGAUAGAACUAGCAUCGUAAAAAAUGUACUCAAGAACUACGUCAAGGCCAGAUUUGUCCGGUUUUAUAUAAAUUCUUACCGUGGGUUUCCUUGCUUAAGAGUCGAAAUUUUGGGGUCGCCCAUCAGCAUUAUUGGAUGACUGUAAGAUUAUCAAAAACUAACAUUUUUAAAGAAUAUACUAAUGAAGUGAUUGUAAUCUUAUGAAAAUAACGUAAUGAUUAUACAAAAAGGAUUCUUAACCCUCGGACGUACACGGGGUGGGGGGGCUGAUGGUUGCCAUCUGAAGUUUUUUAUUUUUAUUUUUCUCCUAAAUGAUCAAGCAUCAGCACCUGACGUUUUCAGUAGCAGUUCGUUUAUCCCUCGCGCGAGUUUUGAGACAAGUUUAGUGAUGGUCAGUUACUAUGGUACGAGAUAUGACAUCAUAAGUAGCAGGUGGUCAAGCCAUUUUUGAGUGAAAAUAGAUGUUUUUCAACUUUUAUCAACAAUUAAUUAAAAGUAAAAAUUGUGGAUGAAAUGAUACAAAGUGCUUAUUUAUGUGUUAUUUUACAUGUGAAGCACAAAAAUUGCCAUUUAACGCGAUUUUAACCUGAUUUCUAGUUCUUGGUAAAAUCCAAGUUUACGGCAAAGAUGACGACCAUUGUUGGUGACGUCACGGCCCUCCAGCAGCGCCACCAUCCACUAAAGGCAAAAUCGUCUCGAAAUACUGCAACAUAACAAAAAAUCUGGGGAGGGGUCCCAUCAACAACCCCCCCCCCCCCCCCCUUGUACCCCGUUGGGGGUAUGAGUUUUACGCGUACGUCCGAGGGUUAAUACUGGGCUGUAAGCUUUGAGACGAAGACUGUUCAGCUAACGUGUUUAGUUCAAAGCCGUGGAGUGUGUUGAGGAUUAUCUUUAUAACUUAUAUUAAAGCAAAAUCAAACUAUAUAGUUGAGAGCGUUUUGAUUGUUUGUCAACUUAUGGCUUGGCAUAAAGACGCAAGGCAGACGUCAAUGAAAAUGUUUAUUUGUUUUGUCCCAGCGCGGCUCAACUUCCUGUCAGUGAUAUUACUCAACGGCAAAUUUGCUUGCCUAAGGACACGCAGGAAUACGAUAAGUUUACAUUGGGUAUGAGCUUGGCAUCUCUACACGUUAAGAAAGUAUUUACGCCUGCCAAAGAGCAGCCUCACGAAGAGGCGAGGACACGAGGUGGCAGCCUAACAAAGCCGUGCGCGAAAGUUCCAAGACAGAAUCAAUCUCGACGUGAUGUUGCCCAACAAUGUUGGGAGUUGUUGCGUCCGUUUCCAAGAGGCUAAAAGCUUGACCGGUUUCAAACAUUGCACAACAACAUGCAACAGGGUGUGCUAACGGACGAAACAUGUAAUAUCCAACAAUGUUGCAGCUAGCUUAAGGGAACAGCAAGUGAUAAUGUUGCGAGUAUGCGAGCCGCUGGACAGAAUUUCUAGGUGGAAUUGGAUCGUAGCGCAUGCAGUAAACAAAAAUGGCGCCUGUUUUAAAAAUUACCGUCGUCUUAGUUAUCUGUCUUAUCUCUUUAGAAUGCAGAAAAGACAAAGUUUUCUGUGAAAUAUGCGGGAAGGGUCUCAAGGCCAAUAGGUCGCAGAUAGGUUAAAAAUUUCGCUCGGCUUGUGGUCCACGAGGGCGAACAUGUGACGCUUAGAUGGGGUUCUGUGUAACAGCUGCAAAACUGCUCUAUCAAAAUAAUGGAAAAUGGGAAAAAAAUCUCUCCAAGUUAUUUGUGACCGACUUCAAAACGUUAACAGGUAAUAAUAGAAAAAAAAUAGAAUAAAAUAAAAAAACACUGUGAAAAUAAUUCUAAAUAGUAGCCUAUUUAUAUGGUCAUAAUUCUUGCAGCGAUAUCCUUGCACUGAUAUGGUUUCCCUCAGUUUCAAUUUUAUCGUUCAGGAAAGGUAUUUUUUUUUUCAGAGAUGUGCUACUUCAAUUUCUCAGCGCAGUGCUGUGAUUCUACCAGUGAUUAC